AUGGCUACUCCUAUUGAUAUCAAUAAAGCAACAUUUGAAGAGUUAAAAAACAUUAGAAAUAUUGGGGACAAAAGAGCAAAGAAAAUUAUCGAUAUUAGAAACAUCAAAGGUAAAAUUACUUUAGAAGAUCUCAAAAUCAUUCCCUGCAUUCCCAGCUCAAUUUGGGAUGCCUUGGUAGAUGAAGGUUUAAUUGUUGUACCAUCAACUUUAGUAAAAACCAGCAAUGUGGAACAAUCUGUACACGCAGGGGACACAGAAGGGUCUAGUACACAAGAACAAGACUUACUAAAAAAAAUUGAUAUGUUGAAGAAAGAGCUGGUGGAGAAAGAAGAAAUGAUAAGAGAAAGAGAGAAUGAUAUCAGAGAAAGAGAGAAUAUUAUCAGAGAAAGAGAGGAUGAAUUGAAAGAAAAAGACCAUACGUUAGAUGAAAAAGAGGAAGAGUUAUCAUUUUGGCAAAAAAGCAUGAAAACAACCAGAGAAAAAGGAGAUAAAAUAGCUGAUGAGUUUAAGUUUAUGUUUGAAAGGAGAGAGGAAGAUUUGAAAGAAAAAUUGGCAAUCAGAGAGAGAGAAUUUGAUGAACAGCUACAGACUUUAGAAGAUCAGAAAGAGAAAAUGAGAUUAUUAGAAGAGAGAGAGAGAUCAGAAAGAGAAGAGUCAUUCAGUAAAAGAAUGAGAGAAAUAGAUCAAAGAGAGAAAGAAAUAGAAAAGAGAGAACGACAAAUGAAAAAAGAAAGAGAGCAUGAAGAGUUUAUCUCAAACAUAAAUAGGUUGGCCCCACAUAGUGUCUAUCACAACCCCAUCAGUGAAAAAGUUGAGGACAGAAAAGGUUCAAAAAUACAAAACAGUCCCACACCACCCAAGUUGUCAACUUACGAUGGAAAAACAGAGUGGAAGCCUUACUACAUUCAGUUUAAUCAUAUUGCUAAAAAAUACAUGUGGAAUGAGAGAGAAAAACUUGACAAGAUGAUUGAAUGUUUGAGAGAAAAAGCAUUAAAAUUCUUUAGUUCUAGACCAGAGAAUGUACAAAAGGACUUUAAGUUGUUAUGUCAGAAAUUUAAAGAAAGGUUUGACAGGAAGGACCAGCCUCACAUAAUUCGUCGCCAACUGCAAGAGAUCCAACAGAAGGCAGACGAAACACUGGAAGAAUUUGCAGAAAUGAUAGAAGAUUUAUCCACUGAGGCUUAUCCAGACAGUCCAGAAUUCUUCAGAAGCACCAUCACUAUCGAUGCAUUUCUAAGGGGCUGUUUGGAAAAGAGAGCUGCAUUAGUCACUUUAGAUAAAGAUCCAAAAACUUUAGACGAAGCGGUUCAACAUAUGAAGAGUGCAGUUACGAACCAAAAAUUGAUCAUGGGAACAAAGAAAGAUAUCAGAAGAGUGACAUUUGAAGAAAAAGACAACAUACCCGACACAGAAGAUGUAAACAUUAGACUAGUUAAUAAAGUCCUUCCCAAAACAACUCCAUCACUAGAAUCCAGAAUUUUGACCCUUGAAAAUGACAACAAAGAGACUAAAAGAUUAUUGCGAGAAAUAUUGGAAAGAAUGAAAAUGAAUGAGAUCAAGAUCGCCAUCACAAAACAGAUCACCCCCACAAUCACCAACAAGGUCCCAGAGAAAUUUAAACUCUCUCGAGCUGAGGAAAUAGGCCAUUCGUCAGCUCAAAAUCCUGAUGAGAUGUUCAUAUUAGAUACAGAUGCUUCAGACAAGUGUAUUGGGGCAGAACUGAGUCAAGUUCAAGAUGUGCUCUUCCUUGUGGAGGUUGCCCAUUUUGUACAAGAGCUAGAAAACAAUGGGGAACUUUUGAAGAUGAUGUAG